UAAUAAUUUCUUUUGAUGUACGUACAAUUUUUCAACACUUUAUUCAACAAGUGAAUGAUAAAAAAUAAACUCUGAGCUAUUAAUUCUGUUGUCAUGUGACGAAUUGUCAAAAUGCUCUAGAUUCCACCACCUGAUAUUUUUAAUCCACCUUGAGAUUCCACUACCUUAUGUUAUUAAUCCACCUUGGAGCCAAGCAUAUUUCAUUGCAGAGGCGCGUUCUUUUGUUUGCGUGUUUUUAGAGAAACUUUGAGGUUCAACUUAGCGCGUUUUAACUUUAUUAGUGCGUAAUUCGUUUUAGUUGAUAUUAAUUACGGAUUGAAGUGUAUUUUCCUAGCAUCAAUUAAUCGCUCUUGAAAGGACUGCAAAAAUGAUGGAAAAAUUUGGUGAAAAAAUCGAGGAAUACGAAGUAGGUGAAAUUCUCGGCAAAGGUGGUUUUGGAUGUGUGUACAAAGCAAGAUGUUUAAUUUCGGGCAAUUCUGUUGCGAUAAAAAUGAUCGAUAAACAUGCAAUGCACGCUUCUGGAAUGGCCAACCGUGUUCGUCAAGAAGUAGCGAUACACUCAAAGCUUAAACACCCAUCCAUUUUAGAAAUGUAUACAUUUUUUGAAGACUUUAACUUCGUUUAUUUGGUACUCGAGUUGGCCGAAAAUGGAGAACUGCAGCAGUACCUAAAACAGCGUAUUCAGCCAUUUAGCGAAUUUGAAGCUGCAAUGAUCUUACGUAAGGUAGUGGACGGACUAUUUUAUUUACAUUCGCAUAGAAUAUUACACCGGGAUAUCUCGUUAUCAAACUUAUUAUUAACAAAAGAAAUGAAUAUCAAAAUAGCUGAUUUUGGGCUUGCAACACAACUACAUCGGUCAGAUGAAAAGCAUCUCACCCUUUGUGGUACGCCGAACUACAUUUCACCAGAAGUAGCCUCACGUGCAUCGCACGGUUUACCAGCUGACGUAUGGGGUUUAGGAUGUAUGUUAUAUACUCUAUUAGUUGGCAAGCCACCUUUUGACACAAAUGGAGUGAAAUCGACAUUGGCGAGAGUGGUAUUAUCUAACUAUGUUUUACCAGUUCAUCUAUCGUCUGACGUGAGUGAUCUGAUUGAACGGUUACUCAGGAAAAAUCCCGCUGAGCGAAUCAAAUUGGAAGAAGUCCUCAGUCAUCCCUUCCUUUCCCGGUAUGAUCUAGGCCAUAAAACAGCCAUAAACAGCAUGAACGCUACAAAUAAUAAGUUUAACUCCGGUAUGGACAGUGGCAUGGGCACUAUCGCCGGCAGCAGUGUAAGCAAAUCAGAUUUAUUUAAUGGUAACAGAGGAAUGACACAAGCUAACGACAGGCGCAGCGACCAUCAAAAGCAAGAUCUAAAUGGUGAAAAAUUCACAUUAGUUCAUCCAUACUGGAAGCAAAUGCAUCAGUACGAAAUAGAAAAUAUGAGUUCUUAUCGAUUUCAACCUAAUUCGCAAAUAUCACUGCUUGAAAAGUUUAAUAGUGUGGAACUGGUUCAUAAGUACAACAUUAUUGAGGACAAACUAAUCGAAAAUGACAAAACAAAAAACCUAUAUGAAUUGAAACCGUCUACAGAUUUUUUGGGAAUGAAAAAAGAAACAGAAGUAUGUAAUCCUCAACAAUAUAUAUCCCGAAGGUAUGUUACUCCUGUAUCAGAUCGAUCGAUUCAUGAGCAAAUAAACCACGGGCAUGUAACAUCGGAGAAUAAAAACAAUAAUAUGCAUAAAGCUUCGGGAUUUGUUCCAAAUAACCAUCGUCAUACUAUGCGAUUUGACACACUGCGAUUGCUACCUACAAGACAUCGCACAAAACAUGUAAUUCUCACCAUAGUUGCCGAAGGUGGUGAUGUCGUCCUAGAGUUUCUUAAACCAAGAGGACGGCAACGUGAGGACCGUGUUGUGGACGUGUGUCGUAUAUCAGGAGAUGGUUUAAAAUUCAUAUUGUAUCACCCGAAUGGCAAUCGUGGUGUUCCAAUAAAGAAUGAACCGCCAGACUUACCAUCCAGAAGUGCUGAGGUCAUGUAUAAUUAUGAAGAUAUUCCUGAGAAACAUUUUAAAAAAUAUAUGUAUGCAGCUAAAUUCGUUCAAAUGGUUAAAGCAAAAACCCCAAAAAUUACAUUAUAUAGUGACAAAGCUAAAUGUCAGCUCAUGGAGACUUUACAGGAUUAUGAAGUUGUUUUCUAUGAUGAUACAAAAAUUAUACUUAGUUCGACGAAUAAUGAGAUAAAAAUGAUUGAUGGAAGUGGCAAGGUUUAUCGAGGAUUGGAAUCCAUAUCAGCUAUAAACAUUACAUAUCUACAUCAUUUUCAAGAAACCCGAGAACAUUGCCAUAGGAUCGAAAAAAUGCUGUCCACUGUAUCAUAUUCCGGUAAAACGUUUCCGGUCAUAAUUGGAAGACGUCAAGGGAACUUCUGUGGCAGCAUUGCUUUAAGGAAAGACGUGUUUAAUUACCGGUUUUCUCCACUAAGUGUACGAACUUGAUUUAAAAGAAGUUUAUUACUAUUGCAGGUACAAUUACAAUGUAAAAACUAUGUAUCAUACAAAGGUGCUGAUUAGAGAUUUAACCAAAAGAUUACAUGAGAGAGUUCAUCCCUAAUUAAUUUCUUUUUGAUUAACACUUUGACAGUCCUACGAUGAAACAAAAAAAAAUCACAGAACCAUAAUAAAAUACAGUCUUUCCCCGAGUUACAAGGUUUUCCGAUAGAACUCAAGACAGAAGGACACUGUCAUGAAACUAAUCGAUAAUGUGCCGCAGUCUUGCGAUACAAAUUCGCAGAUCCCGGUAUCGUCAACGUUUUCAAGUAUCGUUCCGCAGUCUUGCGAUUGAUUCCCGCAGAUUCAUAAAAGUGUCCCGCAGUCUUGAGUUCUAUAGUAACCCUGUAUAAUAUUCCCAAGCAACAUUUUUAUUGUACUUCUAUCAUCAAUGCGACCGUUUGUUUUAGAUAGUUGAAUAAAAAAUUUAACUGUACUGAUUAUUCAUGCUAAUUGUUACAUUAUAAGUACCAAAAAGUCUUAUUUUGGUAAAUCAUUACACUGUGGUUCGCGGACAAAAGCUAUCGUAGUUUAAAAACUCUUAAAAUGGAAAUUAAUUUCGAUUAACAUUUUUAAUAAGCAGAAAAUAAAACAUCUUGAAAUCAUAUUUUAUAUAUAACAUA